AUGGCCCAUCAAAAAGACAAACCCGCCGCCGCCCUCGCAGAGAUCCACGGCGACCCCCUCACGGACCUCGACCAGGACCUAUGGGACCUCUUCGCAGCCUCCGCCGCCGCCCACCCCGACCGAGAAGCCCUCGUCUCGCUCUGGCAGCCUGCAGACACCAGACUCGUAUCAUCGGAAGACGACGACGCGCCUGCACCCGCACCCGCACCCUCCACCUCGACUGCGCGAUCGGAAUGUCUCAGAUGCUCGUACGGAAACCUCCGGCGCGGCGCUGAGCGGCUGGCUGACGCUCUGGAGAAGAAGAUGCUGGGCGGCGUCAUCGAGCCUGAUCUUGGGCAUGGGCAUGGGCAUGGGACUGAACCUGGGCAUGGGCCUGGACGCGGCAUGCACGUCGCCGCCGUGCUCUGGAACUGCGCGGAAUGGGGCUUCCUGCUCUGGGCCUGCGUCAGGAUCGGGGCCGUCUUCAUACCCCUGGACCCUCGUGUCACGGACGACGUGCCGCUGAUGCUCGAGACCGCCGCGCCGCGCGUGCUGGUCGUCCAGGAUGCCGAGGCUGCGCGGCGCCUGGACGCGGACAUGGCCAGGCUCGAGCUUCCACGGCCUCUUCUGCGCGUCUUCUGCGGCGGGUCGGCCGAGGGCUGGAUCAGCCUGGGGGAGCUCAUGGGCGGGGAUGGGGAUGCGUCGUCGUCGUCUUCCUCUUCCCCUCAGGGGCUGGGGCUGGGGCUGGGGCUAGACCUGGAGGCUCGCGGUGACACAGAUGACACAGGCACAGGCAAAGACACAGACACAGACACAGACACAAACGACGAUCAGCAACAAGGACCGCCCCGGCCCACCGGCAGCGGCAGCGACGGUGAUGCUCCCGCCCUCGUCGUCUUCACCAGCGGCACCACCGGCCGCCCCAAGGGAUGCCCUCACACGAACCGCAACCUGGUGUCUCAGACGAGCAACUACGACGCCAACGCCGACCCGGACUUUGUCGACCGCUGGCUGGUCCACACGCCCGUGUGCCACGUCUUCGCCAUCAACAACGCGCUGCGGGCCUGGCGCCACGGCGGCGUCGUCGUCUUCGCCGCGCGGUCCUUCCACAUCGACGCCACGCUCAGGGCGCUGGUCGACGAGAAGUGCACCGUCAUGUCGGCCACGCCCACGCUCGUCCGGGCGCUGCUGUCGCACGCGGCGUUCCCGAGCCCCGAGGCGCUGAGCCUGUCGAUUGUGUCCAUCUCGGGGACCAUGAUCGGGGCGGAGCACAUCCGGCUCUGCAGGGAAGGCCUGGGGGCGCGGGAUGCCAUCCAGGCGUACGGGAUGAGCGAGGGCGCGCCGAUUGUGAGCUGGUCGAGGCAGGACGGGAUGCUGGUGGACGGGUAUCAUGCCGGCGUGGGAAAGGUGCUUCCGGGGGCGGCGGUGCGGGUUUGUCGCUGGGGAGGAGGUCGGGAGGUGCUUUCGAGGAUGGAGGUGGGAGAGCUGCAUAUCUCGGGCACGUCGGUGAUACACGGCUAUUUCGGCGAGGAUGAAGAGGACGAUGAUGGGAGGUUUUAUGAUGACGAGGCGGGACGGUGGCUGAGGACGGGGGACCAGGCGAUGAUUGACGAAAAGGGGGUGGUCUAUAUCCUUGGACGAUACAACGACUUGAUUAUCCGCGGAGGGGAGAAUAUCGAUCCUUUGAAGAUUGAAACUGCCCUAUCGGACAUUCCAGGGCUCUUACAGGCAUUUGUCGUGGGAGUGCCGGAUGAGAUUGCAGGCCAGAUCCCAGUCGCCAUCGUCAAGCUCGCGCCAAAGACACCCAAGUCCAUCAUCAUGGAGAAAUCGAGGCUUUUGGGCUCUCACUACGCACUCGACUCCGUCUACACGCUGGAAGACCUGGGCCUCGACAGCGUCCCAGCAACUGCCAUUGGAAAGCCCAAGCGGGCCAUGCUCGCCGACAUUGUCACCAGAAAGAGGCAAACAGACCAGGCCAAACACUCUCAGAUGCACAAGAACAGAGACCAAGUGUCGAUGCUGGAAGAGCAGCUGGGGGUCAUAUGGGACCAGCUGGUGGGCGUCCGUCCCAACAAGACGGACGACAUCUUUGCUUUGGCCGACAGCAUCACGCUGCUUCGAUAUUGCGACGCGAUUCUUCGAGGGCUUGGACGGCGGCUCUAUCUUCAGGAUCUGAGUCGAUGCGCCACGAUUGAGACGCAGGCUCGGCUUUUGGCUGCGAGAGAUGCGCCUCUUGAAGCAGACGCGGCACUGGGCAAGGAUGGCAUCUCGCAUAUCCAUCCGAGAGCAGAUGGUGCUUUCAACUCUCUCAUCCCAAGAGACCAGUUUCACGACUCGAGGCAACAUCAACACCAAUAUUCAACCGUUCCAAACACCACCGCAGAUGCGAUCCUUUCAGCCGCCCGAGAACAAGUCGAAAGGUUCGGCCUCGACGGAGCCGACGUCCAAGAUGUCAUCCCCGUCAGGGGCUCCAUGUACCGCACAAUCGUCGGCCAGAGACCCCAGUCCUACCGAAUCCGCGUCGUCUUCCGCAUCCACGACGCCACCAUCUCGCAGAUCUACGACGGACUGUUCCAAUGGCUCGCAUUCAGACCUCUUCUCCGGACAGUCCUCCUCGGCGUGCAGGGAGUGCUCUACCACACCGUCGUGCGGCACAGCCAGCUCUUCUUCCAGAAGCUGGUCCGCGAAGUCGAGGCGGACACGGAGAAGCACGCGAGGGAUCUCUACGAGGACAGCUCUGCCGAGAGCCACUCUCUCGCGUUCAUGUUCGGCGCGGUCAUCAUCAAGGUCAAGGAGACGGGGCAGAGACUCCUCUGUCUCACGUACAGCCAUUCGAUUGCCGAUGCCUUGACUCUUCUGCCGUGGCAUCGGGAUCUAGACCGGCUCAUACAUGACAACGACACAAUCAUCCCCAUGCAGACGUCGUACCGCCUCUUUGCAGACUUGUUCGCCGAGUACCAAGACAGUCUGCCGGCGCAGAGGGCCGUCUCAUUCCACGUUCAACGUCUGCGAGGAAUCUCCCGCUACAAGAAGGCGCUCUGGCCGAAGCAGCUCUCUCCGGGGAUGAUGAUCGGAAGCGACUCAAGCUCCUUCUUCGCAGCCGAGCGUGACGCCGUCAGGGACCAGAUAUGGAACGGAGAAUGGCAAGACAGAGCACAAGAGUUCCGGUUCCCUCGCCGCAGCCGAAUCGUCCGUCUGCCCGCCCUGGCGAAACUCCGCGAGCUAUACCGUCUCGAACCGGUCCUAUUCGCAAAGUGCGCCCUCAUCCUCUUCAACGUCCUGCAGACAAAGUCCCCCGUCGCCGUCUUCAACUCGUGGGAGAGCGCCCGCUCGUGGCCGUUUGUGCCGGACUGGGUGUCUGACGCCCUCCAGCCGGCCAUGAGCAUCGACGGGCCUACCGUGGAAUGGAUCCUCAACAUGUACGAAGCCCACCGCGAAGAGACGCUGGAAGACCUCAUCCAGCGCAUGGUGCGUGAGCAAGAGCAGAUUCGCCGGCACGAGCACGUCCCGUGGGAGAAGGUCGUACAGGAGCUCCGCGAGGAGGCAAGUGUGGCCAUGGACGCGUCAUUCAGACAGUCGUUUGUGUGGGAUGUGAGCAUGGGCGUUGCUGCGUCCAGGGGGUUCCGCAGCGAUUUCGAGAGUUUGGAGCCUGUGGCUCGAUAUGACUGGCCAGAUUGCGGAUUAUUUUGGAGUGCCUUCAUGGUGGACAGGGAGAAUCUCCUAUUCAUCGCUUCGUGGGACACGGCGCAGUUGAACGCGGAGCAGGUCGACGGAUACUGUGACGACUUGGCGGAUGUGAUGAGGAGGCUUGCCAGUGAAGACAAUUGGGGGCUCAAGAUGGGAGAGGUCUUUCCCGAGUACUGA